AUGAAACAGAAAAAUGCGGAGUGGGUAAAAAUAUCGGAAGAAUUUAAUUCACAAACUACUUUUGGAUAUAGGACUGCAGAAAACGUAAAAGCACAGUGGGAAAGUCUGAAAAAAUCCACCGAAAAAGAAUCGUCUGCUGAAAGGCAAAGCUUGAUUCAAAUAGGUGGCGGACCUGCAAAGCCGAAGCUUGAGGACAACCCACUAUACAGAAAAAUCUUGGCUAUGAUAUCUACGACGGUAGUUGGACUGGUAAAUGAAUAUGACAGUGAUAACAUGAGCAAUAAUCAUGUUAUCAUUGAAGAGAUUCCUAGCAACACAUUGGCUUCCACUAAAGGCAACACAAACACAUAA